AUGGGCUGGGUAGGAGUGGCCACGAUAAUUGCAACGGCAUGCUACGUACUCUACCGUUUCCCCCCUCAUACAUGGUCAUCGGAGCCAGCCUCAACGCCCCCGGGAUCGAUCCCCGAAGCUCCUCCGCGAAAUAAUGCGCGAACCACGGAUAAGGCCAAACCGCCCGUUAUUCCAAAGAUAGAACCGGUGUCUGCGAAAGAAAACGAAGAAAAUGCAGAGGAACAAUCAACACCAAAAGCAUCCGCGAGCGCACCGGUGCUAGAAGUGCCCGUCCUCGAUCUCGAUGACUCCGCGGCGGAAGACAGAUCGGCAAAAUCUACAGCUUCCUCGAACCAUAACAAUUCCUCUCUUCAUCAUAAUUCUUCCACCGAUACAGUGGCCAGACAAGCCGCCACAAUGCCACCACGACCACUCCCACCGACGCCGUCGCCGUCGCCUUCGUCAACACUAUCGCCGCAAGCAGAUUCUUCCUCCUUAAUGCCCCCUCCUCCUCUCCCUCGAAACCGCGCAACAGGACAACAACAGCAAUCCCACAACUCCCUCGCACCCCCUCCCUCCGCCGCAUCCUCACAACGCGGCCCCCAACGCCUCGCACCACCAACCAACAGCCUCGCACCACCCGUCCAAGCCUCCCUCAAACUCCCCUCCUCAACCGCCCCCUCCUCGAAAAGAGCAGUCCUCGAACCCGGCUUCUCCCCCCUAGACUGGGCCGCCCUAACCUCGAACCCAAAAGCCAACCUCCGCGGCGAAAACCUCCCCGCGCAACUCAUCCGCGUAACGCCCUCAAUGCUCAAGAUACAAAAUGGACGAAAGGGCCGCGACGCGUGGACGUCGUAUCAAGGGAAAGUGUUUAAUAUCCAGCCGUAUGUGCCGUUUCAUCCGGGCGGGAAGGGGGAGUUGUUGAGGGGGGCGGGGAAGGAUUCUGCGAAGUUGUUUUUGGAGGUUCAUCCGUGGGUGAAUUGGGAUGCUAUACUGGGGGAGUGUUUGGUGGGGAUUUUGGUUGGUGAGGAUGAGGAGGAGAAUGCAUUGGAUGCUAUGGAUUGAUCUUCCUCCCGUGGAAUUGGGUCAAGUUUGGAUUGUUGGAUAUGUAUACAUCUCAUUCUGUACAAUAUUGCAUCUGCAUAGCAUAGUGAUACCCUAGAGGAUCUCUUUCUCCUGAUAUAUAGAAUCAAAGUUCAUCCUUAUCAACCCCCUCAAUCCCCACUAACUCCGUCUCAAACACCAACGUCGCACCCCCCGGAAUCGGACCCACCCCCCGACUCCCAUACCCAUACUCGGGCGGAAUAGUCAGCGUCCGUUUCUCUCCAACGCACAUGUCGAGUAAUCCUUGAUCCCAUCUGCCCUCAUUAUCAGCAAGCCAUUCAACCCAGUCAUCCAAUCAAACCUCGCGCAACGCAACGCAAUCCUAAUACACGGGGAGAACAUACCCCUUAAUAACAACCCCCU